CCUCAUACUUCCCCUCGUGAGAGUUCAAAGGUCAAAGCUCUUCCUCUGUAGUUUUCCAGGCUCCAUGGAAGUGUUGGAGCUCGUGUUUAGCUGCAUUAGAGCUUAAAAUCAUGGCUCCAAUUGACUCUAUCAACUUCGAGGCGCUGAAGAUCCUCCUGAAGGCCAGCUCUAAGGAGCAGGUAGUGGCGUUGUGUCAGCAGGCGUCUACUCUGGGGCAGACAAAGACGGUCCCACCCCAGACUGUCUCUCAGGUAUCCGCAGCCUUGUCAGUUGAGCCGACAGAUGCCAGACAGCUGACCCAGGCCCUGCAGGGUGUCAUCUCCACCUGUCUCCAACAGGACCUGUCUGACUCCGCCUCCAUACAGCAGAUCUUCCCUGCAGACUUCCACCCUAACCUGAAGAACCUCCUGGUGGGGGUGUUGGCAGAGCACCUGUCUCAGUGGAAAACACAGGCCAUCAACAGCCAGGUGUCCCUGCCACAGCUGGUGGACUUCGACUGGCGGGUGGACAUGAAGACGUCUGCAGACAGCGUGAGCCACAUGUCGGCUGCCACCUGCCUGUUACAGCUGAAAGUGCAGAAUGUGCCGAAGCAGGUGGAUAGGGUGCCCCCGGUUGACGUGGUGAAUGUUGAACUGAGUAAAGAGACGCUGGACACCAUGUUGGAUGGACUGGGCAAAAUCAGGGACCAGCUGUCCUCAGUGGCCGCAAAGCCAUGAUGUGCUAAGCCAUAAUUCCAUUGUACUUGUAAAAUCUAUAACUAAAUGGACCAAAAUGUAAAUUCUCACAGUAUUAUGUGAUAGAACAUUCUGUGAUUUUGCUUCUUUGUAUCUUGAAAGUUGAAAUAUAGAGAACUGGUAUCAGCUAUCAACAGAAUGUGUAACUCAUGAUAAUAUAAAAAUUUAUCAAUCAAAGCAUUCUGCUGCAGCUCACAUAUCUUUGUUUGUUCAGACUCUUGUAGUGCCUAGUGGGUCAGCAGGUUUCCUUGUUUCCGUAGCAGGUUGGAAACUGGAACCCAUCUGUGAGGCUGAUACCAGUUGAGCCACAGGGACAUCCCUCUGCUGCAGCCCACAGGUCUACUAAAUAAACUUGAAUUAUGCCUGCAACAGUGCUAUCGCCAACCAAUACAAAUCUAACAAGAACUAGUACAGUAAUAUCACUGUCUGAUCUUUUAAUAUGUGCAGUGUGCAUCCGGUAUAGAACUGUUAAAUCAGAUUGAACAGCAUAUCUAAUCUGUAAUAAGAAGGAUUCAAAUUUUCAUUUCUCAUUGUAUUGGCAUCUGUAUUGUUUUUACUGUUACUGUUUGUACUGAACACUACACAAAAAGCAAAACAAUGUUAACACGUUACUUAGGCCACAGCAUGUGUUAUGUUAUGGAUAUGUCCACAAUAUAAACUUAUUAGCAGCAAGGAGGUUGUUUUUCUUUAACCUCCUUGUUAGCAGUGACCAAUCGCUCUCAUACUUAGCUGAACAGCUCCCGCUGGCAAACGGCUGUGGCUAAUGUGUACCCAAUUACUGUCUGUACUAACAUAAAGUUGAUUGGUGCCGAAUUGUUCUCAGAUUGCCCACAUAGAACUAAAAACAACAGCGAUGGGAGUUUUGCUAAACCUGGGUACCAUCCGGAUAGUAGUUUGCUCCUGCAUUUAUUACAUAACUAUAUAAAGCCAUUUCUCACUCUGA